GAUUAUCACAGAUGAAAAUUAAUGUUUACAACUUAUUUGGAUUAUUUUUUACAAUAAUGCAAUGCUUCUUCAAAAAAAAAAAAAAAAAUCACCUUCUACCUUUUUCUUUAUUUAGUUCCCUCCCUUUUAUUUACAUGGCAGCUUCCUUCGUUCGAAAUCGACCAAAACAGAGAUCUUGGCCAAAUCACAAGAAAGCAGAUAAUUUCUGUGGUGCCUGAGAUCAAUGGCAGAGUCCGACUCCCCUCUGCAACUCUCCUGCAGCCUCCCUGCUCAAAUUCUGAGAUCACCGUCGUCCCUUAUCCCGAGAAAAGUUUCAUCUAAUUUCCUCCUCCACAAAGCCAUCUGCUUCUCCCUCGUCGUCGCGCUCCUCUCCAUCCUCCCGUCUCAGGCCGCCACCAGAAGCAUUCUCGCAACGGCAUGGGAGAUCCUCCACCUUCUCUUCCUCGGCGUCGCCAUAUCCUACGGCCUCUUCAGCCACCGGAAUGCCGACUUCGAUGCCGUGAAAGAGACCGCCACCGCGGUGAAAGCAAAGGGCUCCGUGUCGUAUGACUCGUAUUUCUCCAAGAUGUUCCAUCUUUCGUCGGUGUUCGAGGAUGGCGAUGGGGACGGCGAUGACGAUGAGCUCUAUUACCUCCAUGGCUCUCUCGACGAAACCAAGACGCAAGUAUGGAAUUCCCAGUACCAGAGAAAUGACCCGGUGGUGGUGGUCGCUGAUGAGAGCGCCGGCAGCAGGCCUCUUUUCUUGCCGGUCCGGAGCUUGAAAUCGCACCUCCAUGACUUGGAUUCAGCGCCAGAAAUGGAAAAUGCGGAGCCUUUAGAUUCCACGAAUGCGCAAGGUGAGAUUUUUGAGAUGGAGAUGGAGAUGGAGAUGGAGAUGGAGGAGGAAGAGGGCUCGAGCAAAGCCACAAGGGUCUUCCCACCACCACCGCCUCCUCUCUCGCCUUCUUCCCCGGAUGAUCUCUCAAACAUCUCAAAGAUUUCAUCUUUCCGCUCCUACAAGAAGAGGGGCAAGCCACCCCCUGCGCCGCCACCUCCGCCGCCAUUUCCCUGCUAUGGAUUCCCUUCCACCACAGAGAAGAAGAUCACCAAGCAAAGUUUCAAAGACGAACUCAAGGACUUGAGCAGGAGGGUGCGGAAAAGCGGCCACAUUAACACCGACAUAGUCUUCGACCUCUUCCAAUCGGCGACAAAGCCUGGUGGUUCUUCCGUUCCAAGAUCUUGCAGAACGACUGGAGCCAAGGACGUAAAGGGGACAGCGGCGGAGGAUGCCCCAAAGAUUGAUACAGAGAAGGUCGUAAUUGCUCCCCCUUCUGAUUCUGGCAAGGAGGAGGAGGAGGAGGAGGUGGAGGCAUCGGUGAUGGUAGAAAAAAGCUCGCAAUUUGGAGGAGGAGACGGGAACGAAGUGGACAAGAAGGCCGACGAGUUCAUAGCCAAGUUUAGAAAGCAGAUUACGCUGCAGAGAUUGGAAGCGGCUCGUCAAGCAGCCAAGUAGCGUUGAAGGAGAUUGCUAUUGUUCAUGAUCAGCCUGUCGUGCAUUUAUUUGUUUAUUCAACUUCUUUGAAUAUCGGUUUGAUUUUCUCGCAA